CAGAUAUAGAUAUAUUUUAUUGACACAUACUACGUGUGUAAGAAGAGUUACAUUGAAAGGAACUUCUCUGCAAAGUGAAUUACAAAUUUAAAAAAAUUUAGUUGGAAAAGACACGUCAUUCAGUAUUCAAAAUGAAUAUAUUAUAAUUGUUCUCAUGCUACUUGACAAGUGUCAUUGGUAACAUGUCAUAAUUUUAUUUACAUUUGCUAAUUCCGAUUUAUAAAAUUUGCAAAUUUACCCUGGGCAUUCUUGCAAGACAGUGACUUGUGUAAAUCAUUUCGUUAACGAUAUAGGAGCACGUCAUAAAAAAUCAUAGGCAAGAUGCAGCCCUGGAGUAACUUUAUUGAUACCUUGAGCUGUAUGCUCCAGUCUUCUGAACUCGAUAAAGAAAUGAAGAACAUGAAGCAUGAGAAUGAGCUGAUGUCUCGUUUGUUCAGCGAUCGGAAAGUCGUGAAGUCUGUAUCUUUGUGGCUAGAGGAUUGUCACAACAAAAGACAAACGGGGGGAGGGAAAAAUGUAGAAAAAUCAGAAUCUUUGAAGAAUUCCGGAAACAAAGAGUUUCAAACGAAGAAUUAUAUUGCCAGCCUGAAAUCAUACACGAAAAGUGCAUUGUAUGCUCCAGCGGAUAGCAAGAAUCUGCCGAUAGCAGUUGCCAAUAGGUCAGCGUCUCUGUUUUAUUUGAAGAGAUGGCAAGACUGUAUCAAAGAUGUGAAACUGGCGCUUGAACUGGACUAUCCCAAGGAUUUGCGUCACAAACUGUACCUCCGCAUGGCUCAAUGUUACUCAGAGCUGGGUGAGAAACAGUUAGCCACUGAAGCUCUUCUUCAAGCAAGUAACGUGAUAAACGAGUGCGACAUGCCAGGUGAAAGAAAAGACCAGUUACGCAAGCAAAUGGAUGAAAUAAAGCUAAAAGUGUCACGUACGAAAAAUAAUGCAGACAGCGUAGGUACUGGGGAAUCCUCUUCGCGACCCACAGUUGCAUUCGGUGAAAAUUCGAAUUUCUCGUCUGCGUCGGCGGGCAUAGAAGUGAAGUAUGCUUCGCAAAAGGGGAGGCACAUUGUAGCUAACAGAGAUAUCAAAAGGGGCCAGAUGCUCUUUGUCGAAGAGGCCUUCGCUUUCGUCCCAGUUAACCAGAAUAAGCUCGAUGUGCUCGACAAGAUCUGCCACAACUGCUGUCGAUCCUGCGGCAAUACUCCUGUACCAUGUACAGGAUGUAUCGAUGUUACAUUCUGUGACAUGAAUUGUUGGAAUGAGGCGUCGUCUUACCAUCGUUGGGAGUGCCCUGGCAGUCAAAUGGACCUUUGGGCGCAGAUAGGAAUAGCGCACUUGGCCCUAAAAAUAUUGUUCAUGUGCGUAAUAACGAUCGAUAGUGAGCAAUUUAACGAAGUGCAGAAGCUAGUGAGCAACUUUGACGAGAUAGCUCCAACCGACGUUAUUUCAUAUGGGAUUACGGCGGCUAUGCUCGCGCUGUAUUUAUCAGAGUGCACAAACUUUUUUAAAGAUAUUGAUCUUAAGGAAUCUUUGAGAUCGAAAUUUUCUAAAGACACUUUUAACGGUAAUUAUGAAUUGACGACACGGGACGAUGAACGAUUAUAUGUAAGUUCGUUGUUGCUGAAACAUAUACUGCAGCUUAUUUCUAACGGGCACGCUAUCACAAAAAUCAAUGUGAUAACAGAUAAUGAGAGGGAUCAGUUUUGUACCCAACAGCAAGAUAGAAUAGCUACGGCGAUUUAUCCCUCGGCGAGUCUAAUGAACCACUCUUGCGAUCCUAAUAUACUUAAUAGUUUCAUAGGCCACCUCUUAAUAGUCAAAGCUAUAAAAGAUAUAGCUGCGGGGGAAGAAGUGUUUCAUUGUUAUGGAACUGACUUCAGGAGAAUGUCAAAGGCAGAAAGACAGGAGAGACUGAAAAGUCAGUACUGCUUCACGUGCGCAUGCGAACCAUGCACCAUGCCAAGAUAUGAAAAUUUUAUGGAAAGAUUUUUGGCGCUGAAGUGCCCUGAAUGUCGCGGACCGUUGCCCGAUAAUCACAAUUCUCCCGCGUGUUGCUUCGAUUGUGGGGCGAUCGCCACUAUCAAUCAUGCACCUGAGAAACUCGGAGAGGCUCAGAGUGAUUUUCUCCGGGCGGAAAUUGCCGUAGAAAAUGAAAAGUACGACGUAGCCUUGACUCACUUGAAGAAAUGUUUGUCCAUCAGACAGGACGUGUUGUACAAAUAUCACAAUGACAUUGCUGUAACGUGGGAUUUUAUCGCAAAAGUAUACGUUAUGAUGGGACGUUGGUCGGAUUCCAUUUUAUGCCUCGAGCACAGCGUCGCGGUGAUCGAGGAACGAUAUGGCCCUUCGGGCAUAGAACUGUGCAACGAAAUGAAUAAAUUGACGGAUUUAUGCGUCAAAUAUUUGCAGCAGGAAUCUAACGUGAAGACGAAACGUUACAAAAACAUUUUGAAAAAGACGCGGCGAUAUCUCGACCGCGCCUACGACAUUAUAGACUUCACGUACGGUCCGUGGCACGAGGUUCACAGUGAAAUUACCACGAAGAUGGAGAUAUUCUCCUUCGUUUUGAAAACUGUCGGAAAUGCAUAAAUAAAAGGCACGACGAUAAUGCA